GCCUUGGGCUCAUGCUCAUCUUGUCUGCAGCAGUGGCGCGGGGGACCUUUGUCCUUUGUGAGUAUGAUGCCUCACCAGGCUCCGAUGACUUGACAGAAGUCUCACGGAAGGUGCUCCCAAAGAUACCGCGUACUGGGGCCAUAAAGUCCUAUGUGUAUGGAGGUCACACCUUCAACUACUUGCUGGAUAAGGAGCUGAUCUUCUUGUGUAUCGCCUCCCCUACUGCCGGCACCGAAAUGGUCUUCGAGUUUCUCAGCGAGUUCCGUCGAAGUUUUGAGGCACAGACCCGACGGCUGGGACACCGCGAGGACGAGCUUGCCAGGAUGCUGCGAGAUCUCAUCUCGCGCUAUAACAGUGAUGGUGGUGGCAAGAUGCAGCAGAUGGAGAGAGAUCUCGAGGAUGUGGCUGACAUCACUCAAAAUGCCCUGGCCAAAGUCAUCGAGCGCGGCGAGCGCAUCGACUCUUUGCUCGACAAAACCGCCGCUUUGAAGUCGGAGUCUGUCUCUUUCCGAACGAACGCAAAGCGUUACAACGAUGAUCUCUGGUGGCGAGACCAGAGAGGCCGAAUGCUCCUCGGCAUCGUUGCCAUGGCGGUCAUCGUUGUCAUCACCUUUCUCAGCGUGCAUCAGAAUGAGCAUGUCGCAGCAGAGCGAACAUCAUCCCAGCUUGUAUAUGGGCGGAGAUUCCACGGGCUGGUCAUGGACAGGACCAACUGCCUCACGAUUGGAAGCCUCAGCACUCAAGCAGGUGAAGCUUGCAGGGCUGCAUUGUCCACUUGCUUCGGCAUAGGCCAGCGGCUUCUCCACGGUGGAUUCGAGGCUGAGUCUGUAAAGACGAAAGAGACGACGGAGAUGGCGGAGGAAGCCGAGGAGACACCUGGCUCUCGCGAAGUACGAGUGUGGCGUUCGAUGAAGGGUCUGACGUCGCAGUCUCAACUCGCUUUUGAAGAUUUGUCGCCUGCCGGUGGAGAACAGCAGCCGGAAUCAGGCUCUUCUGGCGAGUCGAGCUGCGAGGUGCAAGAGAUCCUUGAGCCAGAGCACGGGACGCUUCCCAAGGAGGGCACAGCAGCCUCCUCCGAGACAGAGCCGGCAGACACAGGCACCGGCACCGAGUCGGACACAGCUUUGCCUGAAGAUGUGGCCCUGCUCGAAGAGCCCUACUCCGCCAGUGAAGGCAGUGAGAGGUUAAGCACAGACACUGCGGCUCCCGGGAACGCCGUUGACAUGGGGCGCAGCCUCCUGGAGCUCCUGAGGACAGGGGCGGCAGCAAAGCCCACUGACGCCUCUGCUGUGGAAGAAGCCCAGCUCAUCUGUGGAGCCAGUCUUGAAAAGACAACCGAGGAGCCAGAUGAAUUCAGCUCUCCCUUGCCACUGCCACACAUUGCCGGACUGAGCUCAGCACUUUGGGAGAGUCUGGUCUGGCCGUUGAUGGAUCCAAGGCAUCCAAAAGCCUUCGUCGGACACGACGCAUUCAGAGGAUGCUCGCACAUGCCAACCGGACUCAGACCUCAGGUCCUGGUGGAUGAACGCAAGACCUAUCAGAUCAUGGCCAUGUUCAAGCCUUCUGGAUGGGCAACCUGCUCAACCCCUCAAUGGGAAGGCCUCGAAGGCAACCUCAUUCGACACGUGUGGUGCUACUUCAAUGCCCCAACUGCGGCUCCAUGCCAUCGCCUCGACAAAGGCACCUCCGGCAUCGUGUUAGUGGGCACCAACAAAACGGCUUCCAAGCACAUCUGUCAGCAAAUUCUUAACAAAGGGAUCGUGAAGCAGUACGUGGGCCUCUGCCAUGGCAUGGUGGAGCCGGGGAUGGGCGUCUUCUCAGCGCCGUUGGCUCUGAGCCGUGCAGACAGGCCUCUUGGUGCCUGCUCAACAGAGGGCCGUGAAGCGGUGACCCGCUUCCGUGUCCUGGGAUACUUCCACGGUGCCUGGGGAAGCUUCAGCUUGCUCCAGGUGCAGAUCGAACAUGGACGACAGCACCAGAUCCGUCUGCACAUGGCGUCGCUUGGGCAUCCCAUAGUUGCCGAUGCUCGGUACAACCCCCACAAGGCAAAAGAUGACGCUGAGAUUUGCUCACGGUUGUUCCUACAUGCAUGCUACUUGCGCUGUACAUUGCUGUCCAUGGAUUCUAUGGAGUCGGAGAAGAAGGAAGAUCCCUUUGCUGUUGCCUGCCACCUGCCUCCAGAACUGCGUCGUGUUCUGCUCCAUGAGCUGAGCUUGGACAGGACAUCCAGUGCACGGCUUCCUGAAUCUGCACGGCAGCUGUGUGAAGUGCUUCUUCAUCCGGAGGCGAGCAGACAGGAGAGUCAUGGCCACGGGAACCGGCACUCGAUACAGCGCCGAGCAGACAUGGACGAGCUUCAUGAGAGUCGCUUGACCCUUCGUCGAAGAGAUGAGUUCAUGCGCCGCUUCCACUUCAAUAACAAGGAACGUACGGAAAUCAUACGCAUUUUGGGCCAACUCAAGACAAGCAAGGAGCGAAGCGCAGCUCUUCAGCAGUUCCGAGUUCUAGGACAAAGAACACCCGACUUCAUCGUAGGUCGGUUUGCAAAAUAUGUGGACGGGCUCCUGCGCUGGAGUCCUUGCAAGAACGGCUCCACGGAAGAGGGUGAGCUUGCGCCGGACAUGUGUGCCGCGUGCAAGGCCAAGGCCCCGGAGGCGGAAGCUCCUUGCGCAGAGUCAACCGCGCCGGAGCAGCUCACAGAGAUGCCCCAGGUGAGUGGCCCGCUGCAGAUCCUGACAGAGUCGGUGUGGUGUGAUGUCUGUGGGGAGAUGGAAAAACAGGUCUCGGUGCAGGCUCCAUCGUUGGAGCUUCGAAUGCGCUUGCCUGGCAUUAAUGGUCGCAGGCCUCCCUGUCAGCCGGUUCGGAGACGCAGGAACACUAGAGAUUUCCGCACGACCUGGAAAGUGAAGAACAGUGGAAAGAGGGCAGCUGAAGCGCAUGAAGAUGAGGAGCUCGAGGAGGACUGUGAGGAGGAGGAUGACGACAACGACGAUGACGAGGACGAUGCAGUCGAUGACGAUGAAGAGGCUGAGGACGACGAUGAGGAAGAGGAGCUGGAGGAAGUAUCCUCGUACAGAACCAGGAGGUGGCAGCCUGCCGGCUACAAGGCGAAAGAGCCAGCAGCUGCAGAUGCGCAGGCUCAAGUUCAAGGCCUCCAGCGUACGGUUCGAGACUUGGUGGAAGGAAGAGGCGGCUCUGUGGAUGGCGUUUGGCUCGCUGGCAAAGUAGCUCCAAGCUUCAACAUGUACGUCCGAGAGAACAGUAGGCGGAACGAUGGCAGCCUCAAGAAGUGGUUGAUGUCCAUACCAGGAGCGGCAAACAGCUCGCCUGAGCCCUCCAAACGAGCGGUCAACGUAGGUCCCACCACCUUGCCGGGUACCUCCAACAAGCUUGGGCUGUUGGAAGCACGAAGGACCCAAGACAAUCAACUCAUUCGGCUUGGCAAGGCUUCAGCUAGGCUAGCUUUGAGCCUAGCUGUCUGCAGAGCCAUGUCCGAGGCGACCCUUGCUCUGCGAAAGGUGAGGCUCAUCACAGCUGUGAAGACGCCUUAUCUUCCUGAUGGAAAGGUGGAUCUCGAGGCUUACGAAAAGAUUGUGGAGCACCAAAUCGCCAAUGGAGUCGAAGGCUUGAUUGUUGGCGGCACGACAGGGGAGGGUCAUCUCCUUUCCUGGGACGAACACCUGAGCCUCAUCGCGCACACGAAGGCCAAAUUCGGAGGCCGAAUCCUCAUUGUCGGAAAUACUGGCAGCAACCACACUGCAGAGGCCGUCUGGGCCACGGAGAAGGGCUUCGCUGCUGGGAUGGAUGCCUCGCUUCUGAUCAAUCCGUACUACGGCAAGACGUCUGACUCCGGGAUUAUCAUGCAUUUGGAAGCGGCGCUCAAGUUCGGACCAGCCUUCAUCUACAAUGUGCCGGGGCGAACGGGGCAGGACAUCAAGUCCAGCGUGAUGGUAAAGAUCAAGGAUCACCCUAAUUUUGUGGGCGUCAAGGAGUGCAUGGGCCACGAGCGCAUCGAGGAGUACAGCAGUAUGGGCGUUUGCUGCUGGUCUGGCAACGAUGACCAGAUGCACGAAUCGAGACAUCAGCAUGGAGCUGUUGGUGUCAUCUCUGUCACGUCGAACAUUGUGCCAGCUCUGGUCAAGAAGCUUAUGACAGAGAAGGAUGAUGCUUUAGAUGCCAAGCUGCAGCCACUAUACAAGUGGCUUUUCACAGAUCCAAACCCAAUCGGUGUUAACACCAUGUUGAUGAUGCUCGGUGCUGCUAAGCCAGUCUUUCGCUUGCCGUAUACCUUCGUUCCAAGGGACCGAAGAACACAAGGAGUGGAGCUGCUCACGUCCAUCGGUUUAGAGAACUGCCCUGCGUUCGGAGAGCUGAAGGCACUUGAGGACGCCGAAUUUCAACACACGCUUGGAGAGAUGGGCCACUAG